AUGUCUUCCCCGUCCUCAUCACGCCUGGCUUCUCUGCCUUCGACAUCAAUACCAGGCAGGACGACCGUGUGCCUACGCAACAAGGGCCCACCGAAGGUACAGAUCAAGCUUCGCAUUCCAUAUCCAAGCGACGGCAUCGAUGCGGGCGUAGAACUUGUCGGGAUCCUCGCCCGUGUCGAGAAGGAACAACCAUCAGGGUCAUCUGAAGCUGGCAGCACGUCCACUGCCACUGUCCCUUCAAUAAGUGCGGCCAGCUCGAGUUUCGAGCCACGGGCAUCAACAGGAAACACGCAACCUGCUCGACCGAUAGCGCUCAUUUUACACGGACUAUUCGCACACAAAGACCAGCUCUAUCACCGUGCACUCGUCGAUGCGCUUGACAUUGAUUCCUUCCGCUUCGAUUUCCGUGGCAAUGACGAAUCCAGCGGGGAAUGGCGGCUGGGCGACAUGGCUGCUAACUAUAGAGACUUGAACAUGAUCGUCGAGUACUUGCGAAAGAAUUACAAUUACUGGAUCGAGAUUAUCAUCGCGCACUCCAGAGGAGCGGGUAUCGCAUGGGAGUACUUUGCAAAAGAGUGCGGGGAAAGGACUCACCCGGCACGGAGAGUGCCAUUCUUGGCUAGCAUGAGCGCGAGAUGGUAUCCACCAGGGAUUCUAGACCUUCCGCGAUAUGCCAACAUCGGCGCAGAGGGGCGCGACUGGAGCGCAAAAGUUGCGGGCAAGUCCGUUACGAAGCACGUUACAGCAGCGGACGUCAUGCAAGCGGCCAAGCACGCCGUGCAGGACUAUGCCAACUCAUUUCCAACGACGUCCGAAGUACUGAUCGUGCACGGCACCCGCGAUGAUAUCGUACCCACUUCUGCAGCAGCGGGGUUCGUCAACGCCGUCGCGAAGCGCGGCGUCAGACUGCGCCUACAUCUGAUCGACGGCGCCGAUCACAAUUACAGAGGACACUUCGCAGAAGCGGUCGACGCAGUAUGUGACUGGCUGUGCGAGCGGCGAGGUGCGAAGUCUUCCCCGAACACAUUGACCCUCGAGUCUAGUUGGCAGAGCAGUGUUGAGAACAAUGCAGCCGCCAGCAAGGGCCGGCUGUGA